AUGCAAAAUGCUGAAAUUCGUCGACUAACAAGCGAAAACUCAAAAACCAUAAAAGAAGCGACCGAUCUAAAGGGAACCUUAGAUAAAGCGAAGGCGGAAAUAGCAGAUCUUAAAUCCAAUCUCGUUAAACAGAGGCAAUUAGAGAAAGAUGCUGAGAAUUUCAAGACUGAAAUAGAAGCUUUAAAAUCUCAAGGAGUUUCUAAGGACGAGCUACUUAAGCAGCAAACAGAAAAACUAGCCAAACUUGAUAAACUCGAAGAAGAGCUCAAGAGCAAAGAUCAAGAGCUCACUAAGAUCAAAGAGGAAAGCGAGAAAUCAGCCAAUGCCGUUAGUGCUGAUAAGGAGAAAGAAUUAGCGAUACUCCAAGAAAAACUCGAAAAAGAAGUUUCUGCCUUGAACGAAAAAGAGGAAGAGUUAGUCAAAUUGAAGAGCGAGAAGGAGCAAGCCACUGUAGCACUUGCUAAGGAGAAGGAUGAUGAAAUCAACCGACUCAAGGAGAUUCACAGUAAAGAAAUAUCUGAAUUGUCACUUAAGUUGAAAGAAGUCGAGGAGUCUGCAUCUGCUGCUUCUGCUCCACCUGUAGGUUCUGAUCUGGCUGACCAGAUUUCUACACCUACAUCGACCCCUUCCAAGAAAAAGAAUAAGAAAAAGAAAAAGGGUGGAGCUAUGGCCACAGAACCUCCUGAAACUGAAAAUACAAGCUUGCCUUCAUCUGAUGGCGAGAUUUCAAAGCUGCAAGCUGAGAUUCGGUCUAAAGAAGAGCAUAUUCAAGAACUGAAUGGAAUGAUUACCGCUAUCGGGCAAGACUUGGUAGUCGCUAGAGAAGAGCUGGCCAACAGAGAUAAUGAGGUCACUGGUACGAAAGAAAGUGCUCUUCAAGCAUCUGAGGAGUUGAAAGCCUUGAAGGAGGACAUGGAUCGUCAGCUUGAAGAGGCUAGAAACAAGUUGAAAGAAGAAUCGGCUGCAUUGGAAGACACGAAGAGCAAGUUGAAAGAAGAGUCGGCUACAUUGGAAGAUACUAAAAGCAAGUUGAAAGAAGAGUCGGCUAUUUUGGAAGAUGUUCGACUAGGUUUAGAAAAGGCUGAGAAACUAGCUGCAACUCGUUUAGAUGAGCUUAACCGUAGUAAAGCUGAUUACGAGUCCCAGAUCUCUAAGCUGAAAGCCGACCAUGGAAACAGCACCGCUCUCAUUGAUAAGUACAAGGGCGAGAUCUCCACACUUACAUCUGUCGUUGCCGAUAAAGAAAAGCAUAUUAGUGAGUUAGAGACUAAGGUAAAAUCAUUAGAGACCUCAUACUCAAAACUUAAUGCAGAGCAUAAUUCUUUGAAGAAGCAACAAGGAGCAGAAAUUGAAAGCUUACAAAAGACAAACGCCGAAGCCCGAGGUAAACUUCAACGAGAAUUGGCUGCUGUUAAAGCAUCCAAAGCUUCAUUUGAAAAAGACCAUUCAAAGCUCCUGGUGGAAGCUUCAGAAGCAAAGAGUAAACUUAGCGCUGCAGAAACAGAAAAGGCGACUGCUAUUUCUAACCUUCAACUUCUUCAGCGUGAAGUAGACGAGCUGAAACAGAUAGCUGAUGAAUCAUCUAAAAGAUCCGAUAGUCUUCAGGAAGAGCUGUCGGAUCUUCGAAAGCAUCUUCAAGAUAGAACCAGAGAAGCUCAGACUUUGACUAACCUUCGAAAUGAAACUGAACACAGUUAUCAGACAAAGGUUAAAGAACUAGAAGCCAAGGUGCGUGCAUUAACAGAGCAGAGGGAUGAAUAUGAGAGUGAUCUUCUGACAAUGCAGAGCCGUAAAUCCAGAGAACUAGAUGAACUAAGGACUCAAAACGGUGAUCUGAAACGACAAUUGCAUAUGUUUGAAGAAGAGAAAAAUCGAUACGACAGGGAUCUAAAAGAUAUCCGUAAGAUGCGUGACAGGGUACAAGAAGAACUGACUUCCGCGAAAGAAGAGCUUGCAUCCAUUCGCAAAGAGUUAGAGAGCUCCCGUAGUCAAUUAAGUGCGGCACAAACCCGUGCUGUUGAAUUUGAAAAGUCCGCAAGCUCUUUGAAGCGAGCUGCCGAGGAAUCUCAGGAGAAAAAUGAAGUUUUGCAAAGGAAUUACCGGGUACUCACUGGUGAUUUGGAAACGAUGCGCAAAGAGAUUGUGGAUCUGAAAAAUAAAUCACGAGAUACUGUGCAUUCUCGCCAAUCCAGCAUUGUCAGUCUUAGUGGUCAAGACAAUGACCAGGUCCGAAAUGAAAGACUAUACACCAAGAACUUUUUGCUAAACUAUGUUGACAAGAAAGAACAGCGAUCUGCUAUGUUAGGCUCACUGGCCACUUUCUUGGAACUCAAUGAUUCAGAAAGGCAGAGAUUCGCAACUGCUUUCCGUUGA